AGAUGGCUGCGGUGUCAUUUGAUCUUAAUUUUUUAUUUGUAUGCACAGGAUGGGAAGGCUCUGCUACCGAUAUGAGAGUACUUCGAUGGGCAUGCGAAACAGGUGGUUUCGUUGUUCCCGAAGGCAAGUAUUACUUAGUAGACUCGGGAUAUGCAAAUACUGAAAAAUUUCUUGCACCCUAUAGAGGAGAGCGUUACCAUAUUAGUCAGUUUGACGCAAGCACACGGGCCCGCGUUCAUCGAAAUCCACGAGAUUUGUAUAACCACCGGCAUGCUCAAUUAAGGAAUGUGGUUGAGAGGACAUUUGGCAUUUUGAAGAAGCGUUUCAAAAUUCUAAAUGUAGCAACACCGUUUUCGUAUAAAGUUCAAUGCUUGAUUGCUAUGGCAUGUUGUAUAAUACAUAACUUUAUUCGCCGUCACCAAGCAAAUGAUAACAUUUUUCCUGAUGAGGGUCCAGAUGAACAGAACGCUGAAAAUGAAGGUGGAGUGGACGAUUUAGUGGGAGUAAUUGAGGACUCCCAAAAUGGUGAGGAUCUACGUGCUAAUAUUACAAAUCAAUUGUGGAACACUAGAAUAUAAUUUUAUAUAAAUUAGAUAAUUGUAUUGAUAUUUGGUAGAAUUGAGUGUAGUGGUUAUAUUGUUAUUUGACAAUUGUAAGAUGAUGAUGUAUGAGAUGGAUAUGCUUUGUAAUACUUGCUUAUUUAUGCCUGUUAUGGAACAUGUAUUAAUGUUAUAUAUUGUGAUGAUAUUUUCUGCGUUGAAUAUUGGUAGGUAGAUAUGUUGGUAGAUAUUCUUAUUUUUUUACUCUGUUAUAUAUUUGUACUCUUUCAAAAUGUUUUGGUUGUAUAUGUUUUUGUUUUUGAUUCAAUGUGUUGUUAUCUGUGUAAAUGUUCGUUGAUGUGCAGAUUGACUUGAUGUACGUAAAUAUUUCUGAAUUAUUAAUGAUAUUCGAAUAGCAAUGCAAAGUUUGAAAGAUCGGAACAAAUCGGAUUUGAAAACGCCUAACGAUACUCAACUCCACUAGGGGCUAAAUUUGAAAGGUUGGAAAUUAGUAUUUUUGGAGG